CUCCCCGCCUGUGCGCCGGAGCGCCGGCGGCCGCGCUGAGCUGUGCGGCGCGGGCCGGGCGAGCAGCCGCCUGCGCCCCGAGCGAGCGGAGCGCGGCCAUGCCCGGGCCCUAGCGCGCUACCGCAGCCCGCGCCCGCCGCCGCCUCUUCAAUGGGCAACCUGCUCGGCGGGGUCAGCUUCCGCGAGCCCACCACCGUGGAGGACUGCGACUCCACCUGGCAGACCGAUUCGGAGCCCGAGCCCGAGCAGCCGGGGCCGGCAGGCGGUGGCGAGGGCCAGCAGCACGACGAGCCGGAGCAGCCCAAGCAACCUCCCGAGAGAGCCGGAGGGCGGCCCCGCGCCAGCCCCGUGCCCGAGGACCACGCCGAGGCGGCGGGCGCGGAGCAGGGCGGCGAGUCCACGGAAGGAAAUGCCAAACCAAAGAGAAGCUUCUAUGCCGCGAGGGAUCUGUACAAGUACCGACAUCAGUACCCACAGAACUUCAAAGAUAUCCGAUAUCAAAAUGACUUGAGCAACCUUCGCUUUUAUAAGAACAAAAUUCCAUUUAAGCCGGAUGGUGUUUACAUUGAAGAGGUUCUAAAUAAGUGGAAAGGGGACUACGAGAAGCUGGAGCACAACCACACGUACAUCCAAUGGCUUUUCCCCCUGAGAGAACAAGGCUUGAACUUUUAUGCUAAAGAAUUAACCACAUAUGAAAUCGAGGAAUUCAAAAAAACAAAGGAAGCAAUCAGAAGAUUCCUCUUGGCUUAUAAAAUGAUGCUAGAGUUUUUUGGAAUAAAGCUGAUUGAUAAGACUGGAAAUGUUGCUCGGGCCGGAAACUGGCAAGAAAGAUUUCAACAUCUUAAUGAGUCUCAGCACAACUAUUUAAGAAUUACGCGAAUUCUUAAAAGCCUUGGCGAGCUUGGAUACGAGAGUUUUAAAUCUCCUCUGGUAAAAUUCAUUCUUCACGAGGCUCUAGUGGAGAAUACUAUUCCCAAUAUUAAGCAGAGUGCUCUGGAGUACUUUGUUUAUACAAUUAGAGACAGGAGAGAGAGGAGAAAGCUCCUGCGAUUUGCCCAGAAACAUUACACACCAUCAGAGAAUUUCAUCUGGGGGCCACCUAAGAAAGAACUGCCAGAGCGAAGCAAAGCCCAGAAAACCCCGACUCUGCCCGCGUCGGGCUCCAAUGGUCAAACUUCUACACACAAGAAAUCCAAGGACUCCAAAAUUUCCCCAGGAGCUAGUCACGUAAAUAGCAAAUCAGUGGAAGAAAAAAAGGGGGCAUCAAGAGAGCCUGGGGAGGAGGCGGACAAGCCGAGCCCAGAGCCUGGCAGUGGAGAUCCCAAGCCAAGAAACACAGAGAAAGACAGUGCUGCUGACCAAUCUGAUUCUCCACCCGAGAAAACAGUUCCUGAUACCGCAGGAAAAGGGGAAUGUCCAACUUCUUCUGAAAAAGAUGGAGAAGGGGAAGACCAGAGCAAAGACUCUGAAAAUCCUGAAAAUGCCGGUUGUCAUGCUGAGGUAGUGGCACAGCAAAAUGCCACAAACCCACAAACCAGUUCUGGUUAAAGAAGUAAAAAAAAAAAAAAAAAAAAAAAAAAAAAAAAAAAAAAAAAAACUGCUUUCUAAUGUGUCCUGAAGAACAGAAAUGAGGUCACAUUUAAAAUGUUGGCCACCUGUGACUUUUGCUGUAAGCCUUUUUAUUUUGGAUCACAAUGAAUUGGACAUUAAAUAAGAAGUUUUAAGACCAGAUCCAAUAAAAGAAUACAUUUAGGAUGUGUUUUCAAAUUCUGUAUAUAACAGUCACUUUAAAAAUAGUUUCAAGUUAUCUAGAUGCAGUUCCAUAGCAUUUGGUAUUCAACACGUUCUCGUGAGAGAUUCCUGCAGACAUCAAGACCUCUGGUGAUGCGGCAGCACCUGGUUUUUAGACUAGUGAAGGAUGCUGCGUGAGGUGUGCCCAAAUGUUUCCAGAAACUAGUCUGGAUUCCCUGAUUACAGCGCCUCUGUGCUCUUAGCUUUGGUGGCUGCUCUGGCUGGUCCUUCCUUCCCAUUGGUCUGCUGUCCUCGUCUUCCCCACUCUGCUUGCCUGGGCAUCACCAUCUCUCUCAGCCUCCACACGAGUGUUCUAGUACAUGUUAGGAUCCUCUCCUGUACCAGUGUCCAGGUGUAACAGACAGGAUUUUUACUAGUCUGAUUUCGGGAUUUUUUUUAUGUUCAUAAUAAUAAAAAUAUUCUCAGUAUUGUUUAGAAAGGAUUUUUUUGUGUGUAUGUGAAAAAAGGAACAAAAAUAGACUUGUUUUUUGGUGGCUGUUCUAUACAAAAUUGAUAGUUGAUCAUGGAUGCACAUCACUGAGGAAUAUUAUAAAAAUCACAAAAAAUUAGUCAUUUUGAAAAGAUGACUCUUUAUAUUGUCAACAAGCAAAUUGUCCUUUGACCCAUUAGUGUAGUGAUGCCCUGAGGCCUAUGCUGAUGUCACCAGUCCACGGUGUCUAUACAUGUCUAUGCAUCUUCAUGUAUCAUGUGUAUGUUCAUCUCAUCUUCAUGCACUGUGUCUAUGUUCAUCUUCCAGUAUUGUGUGUGUAUGUUUAUCUUCAUGUAUUAUAUGUGUAUAUUUAUCUUCAUGUAUUGUGUGUAUAUGUUUAUCUUCAAGUAUUGUACAUUCAUCUUCCAUUUGCCAUUUGAAAUUGAGAACAGUUUGAAGUUAUAUAUACCGACUUUAAGUAAAUAUUAGAUUUGCAUAGCAUUGGUUGAAAGUUUUAUUUUCUACAGUGUUAUUGUUAAUUAUUAGUACAAAUCAGAAGACAAUCAGAAACACUGUGAUAGCAACUUCAGAACAUUCAUACAGACAAAAUGAUGAACAGAAAAUAUUUUUACUUUUUUUUUUAACUGAGCAAAGAACUGACUUAAAAAAUCUCUCUUCAGCUUUUCAGAAAAGCCCCAUAUGUUUUCCCCCACCCCACCCGCACACCCCAGGGAACGUUUCCUAUUUCCUUUUCGUAGUACAUAUAAUCGUCUUCUUGGCUUCUUCAGCCCACAACUUUCAGUGGUGAUUCCUACAAAACACUCCCACUAUUCUUAGGUUAGGUUUUUAGAAAUAAGAUUUUAUUGUUUAUUGUUCGAUAUACACAGCCCAGUUAUUUAUCCCUACUUUAUUUGUGCACCAUAGUGGCACAAAUAUGAUACAUACUUAUUUGUGAAUCAUAUCCCUGUAAGUAAGACAAGAAACACUUCCUCAUUCUAGGUACAUAAUACACCAGCUUUAGCUUGUACCGAUUUGUGAGGUGUUAAGAUUUUGAGGUAGUAAUCUUGGUUUAAAUUCGGUUUAAUGCAAGGAGUUCAUGGGCUCUCUUAUGUGGUAUUUGUAGCAACAGUCUAAAGAUCUUAGUAGACAUUUAUACAGGGUUCAGGAAUGAGAGAGGAUUGCCAACUCAGGAUGAGUUGUAGGGAUAUGAGCAAUUAAAUAAUAUAUUACUUUUGAACACACAAUGAAACAUUCAGACCAUGUUAAAGGUAUUUAGUAUAAAAACAUGGGACUAGGAGACUAGAGAGAUGACUCGGUGAUAAAGAGCUCUUGUUGCUCUUCCAGAGGACCAGGGUUCAACUCUCUGUGCCUAUAUGGAGAGAUCACAAUAGCCUCUACUACCAGGAGAUCUGGCUCCCUGCUCUGGCUUCUGGGGGCAGUGGGACCUGCAUGCAUGUGGUGCACAUACAUACACACUCAAGCGCAUACAUACACAGAAAUAACUUUUUAAAAUAGACAUGGAGUCAGAUACUAAAAAUAUUUUUUCUUAAAAACCAAGCUACCAGAUACUAAAGUUAAUACAAUACAAAUUACUUAGAAGUUACAGUAUGCCAGAACCCUUAGAAAUAAAAACACUUAACAAUUUAGAUUCUAGAGUAUUAUUCCUUAUUAGUGGUGUUGUUAGGUUAUGCUAUUUAAUUUGAGAAUACUUAGUCUCUAGAGGAGUACACCCUGGCUUUCAUCCAAAAUAGUGGCCUUUUUCUUGCAGCAGUUAUUUAAACUGCGUCCUCGUAACAUGACAACGUUUCCUACAUUUAAUCUGUAAAUAGCAGAGAAAAUAGUGAAGAACAAGUUGAAGUAAGUCAUUCCUCAUGCUGAUAAAAAUUGAGCAUCUCGAAUUUUUUCUAUUAAGAGCACUUUGUACAUUUAAUAGUUUUUUAACAUCAGAUCUAUAGACGAUGUGUUUAUGUGUGUGUUCGCUAUCAAGCAGUGGUCCAAAUUUGACUUAGCUGUUUUGUGUUUCUCCAACCAUCAUAUGCUUACAGUAAUUGACUGAGAAGCUGUUCCAGGAGAUGCUGUGCAGCAUGGCCAAGUAGUUAGAUGCAUUGCUGAGCAUCCACAGGUGUUUUCAUGUGGUCUUUGUUGUACCCAAAGCGGCAAGGAUACAAAGUAUCAACUGUCGAUAAAAUUGCAUUUCACAACAAAUAGAUGCUAUAUUGCUUGAUUAGCUUGGUGCAGUUCUAAUAUUUUUUUUUUGCUUUCAUAUUUCAGAGGAGAAAAUAUAUGUGAAGAUAUUUUGAAAUACUAUAAAGUGAUAAAUAGUUCUAUAUUUCUGUAUGGUGGAGAUGUUUCUGACAUUAAGAUUAUUGUAUUGUUCUGUGUUUUCCAGAUCAUUCUCAUAGGAAAUUUUAAAUGAUCAUGACUUGAAAAAAAUAAUAUCUGCUUUCUCUAAAUCGAGGCUUAUUGUCAGUUCUAAAAUUAAAUUGUAGAGUUUUAUUUUGUUUAGGUUUUGAAAUUAUAAUUUUUAGUUUUAAGGAAUGAAGACCUACAACUCAGGAGUUACUAAGAAAGUUUUAAGACUUGUUUUUUGAUGUUACAUAUAUAAAUAAAUGAAUGUGUAAUAAAAACCUGUCAUAGCCA